AUGACAGAAGCACCAAACAUCAUCUCAGUGCAAGCUGUGCAAGAAGCAGUUUCACUGCUGAAUUCCAUUGGAGUGAAGGAUCUCUGUCACCAAACGGACCCUUCUUGGGGUCUCCCGCUGUGUGAUGAAGACCAGGAACAGUUUUUCCUGAGAGGCAGCAGCAGCACUACUACUAGAGCGAGGCAUCUAUUGGAGCUCCCCGAGUUUGAGACGGUGCAGGAGGCGGAAGAAUACUAUUUCAUCAAUGUGGCAGGAGCCAUAGGCUGUGUCGCUGGCGUCGCUCUGAUUGCCGGACUGUUUUUGGGACUGCUGACGAUCGAUGUUUUGCAACUUCGAAUUAUUAUUCGAGCAUCCAAUGAUGAAGACGAAAAGCUCUACGCCAGUACAAUCUUGCCCCUUGUGGAGAAUCGACAUCUCCUCCUGGUCACUCUUCUUCUCAUGAAUGCACUCUUCUACGAAACACUCCCUCUAUUCUUGGACAAACUGGUUCCCAGCUGGAUGGCCAUUCUUUUGUCCACUACACUCAUCAUGUUCUUUGGAGAAAUUCUUCCUUCCGGUGUUUUCACUGGUCCACAUCAGCUAUACCUGGGAUAUCGAUUGGCAUCGUUGACACGAUGCUUCAUGUUCCUCAUGUACCCCUUUGCCAAACCACUCGCCAUGGUUCUAGAUUACUUGGUUCAUGGACACGAGGAGGAGGGAGCCGCAGACGAUGCGGCCUAUAACCGUGGAGAACUUUCGGCAUUGGUGCGAAUACAAUUUGAAGAUUCCAGAGACACCAACACCACACAACGAUCGCCCACCACCACAAAGGGCGCCUCCAUUCACAAACGACCCAAAACACGACAAUUCUUUUGGAACAACACCAAGCAAGAAAUCAUGGAAAAGGCCAAUGAAAUACUCGAUAACACGGAUGAUCCAGAAGAACCAGACCCCGCCGGGCAGUUGGCACCACCACUGCACCAAACCGAAGUCGACCUCAUUGAAGGAGCCUUGCAAAUGAAAACGGUACUCGUCAUGGAUGUGUACACUCCACUCAGUCAUGUCUACGCCAUUGCAGAUGAUCUCGUGCUCGACAGGAAGGGAUUUACCGGUAUCUAUCGUCAAGGGUAUUCCCGUGUUCCCGUGUACCGAAAACAGGCUGAUGAUGACACGGACAAGACAAGGAUUCUGGGGGUCUUGAUGGUACGACAACUCAUGUUGAUUGAUUGGGAUCACAAACGAGAGGUUUCCACAUUGCCACUACAGUGUCCCAAAUGCAUCAGUCCUCGUACCAACCUGGUCGAUGGGUUGCGAAUACUGAGGAGUCAUGGCAACUUGAUGGCAUUUGUCUGUGUCAGGCCCGAUCUGGGCAACAAGGCCCUACAAGCCGAAAGACCCCUGCCUAUUGAGGCGGGGUUCAUGGGUAUCGUCACCUUGGAGGAUAUCAUGGAGUCACUGCUGCAAGAGAGAAUUUACGAUGAAUGGGAUAUCCGCGAUCGAGAUCGAGCAGUCUUCACCUUGCAAAAGUGGGCAGCAACCACUCUACAAAAGUUUGCCAAGAAGGUGAGAGACAAAAAGCGACAACGUGCGUCACUGACGCAAUCGAGUGAAACGGCGCCUCUUCUCGUGGAGGGCUCCAAGAGCAAGUACAGUUCCGUCUGA